AUGGAAGAAGAAGCACAACCUCACGAGAUCCCUCCACCACCAAUUUCAUCGGAGGCAAUGCAACCAUCAAGCCUACCGCAGCAGUAUGCUGCAAAUAUCCUAAUCAAAUCGAAGGCUUCGACAGCAUCGUCGGCGCUUUCUCGGCGCCGAUCAGAACAAAACUUGCGAGCACCCAAGAGACGAAGCGGCUUUGGCAGCGCCAGAAGCCAGUCGCUGAAUAGACAGUCGGCUUCCUUCCUGUCACCAGGCUUGUUGCGUUCUCCUAGUAUUACACAGGCUCCUUUCACUGUUGGGUACAUGGGCCUCAGCCCUGCCAUGCGUGCAAGAAAAUCUGCAACGGAACCCGCGAGUCCAUCGAGAGGCACGUUUGUAGAGCCAUUCCCAAGGCGUCGCAUUGCCAAAAGUACAAGUCUACAAAUGAUGAAACGAAAGGCACAUUUAAAUGCCUCAACCGGGAAACAGGUGACCACACGAUCUGUUUCAUUCUCCGGCGCAGCGUCCACGAAGAUGUCCUACAGCAAGGGAGUCAGCCCAACUUUGCGUGCUCGAAAGCAGGGCAACAGCGAGAUCGGCCCAAGAGAUAACAAGCCACUGCGACGCCAAGUCUCGCAGCGACAGCGGUCCUCGAGCAAACCUCAAAACGGCAAGAAGAACGAAGAUACCGAAGCCUCCUUGUUGUCACCAACACCCGCAGCACCAGCUCCCCUUUUGUCCAAGAAUGGUGAUGACAAAGCGGCUACCAGCAAAGAGGAACAAGAUACGGAUAUCACAAAGGGUUCCCGUAGGAUUCGCUUCCACGAUAAGAUUCGAUACAAGCAUAUCACCCAUUCCAGAGUAGACCCAGAUGCGAUCUGGUACUCCAAAGUCGAGAUUUUGACUCAUCGUAAACGAGAGCUAGAAGUGAAAAAACAGUUUCGCAACUGUGGCAAUGAUACAAUCUUGAAUGUGGAGGGCCUGGUCACCGAAAAGCAACGCCGUGCCAUGCAACAGCGUCGUACGGAAUCCAGAGAGGCCAUUAUUGAUAUCCAAGAUGCCAAUCGGAAACAAAAAGAACACGAGUCCGUCUGUUCAGGCGACUCUCAAGUUACAGCUUUGAAUGACGACUACGAUCAAGACGAAGCCAUGGCCGAGGAAUACGAGCGACUCGCGGCACCAGCCACUCAAAGUGCCCUGGAACGAGCAACUCGGCUGGAAUACCAUGUGAAUCUUUUGUGGGAUCCCGUCUUUGGUUAUGCUGGCAUUGACAAUUUUGCUGCUGGUCAGCAGGAGGAGAAGAAAGCUGAGGCCAGCCUUGAUGUUCCUACCGCCGUGUCAAGAAGUCAUCCAAUGGAUCUCGUAAUGGCCCCAGGUAUGGCAGCGUCUUCUGCCACCCGAUCGUCGUCCGAUCCCAAUAUCAAGCUCCGCAAGGCUGAUGUCAAGUCGUGGCUUGGAAAGAAUGGAACAGCAGCAGCAGCCCCGAAACUUCCAGAACGCCGAUCCUCCGGCCAAAAGAAUGUGGCGAUUCGGAGGUUCCGCGUCAGUGGGAAAGCUACUAGUGUAUUUUGA